AUGGCCAGACCACGCGGUGAGAUUGAGACUCAGAAACUGGGUAUAGCGCGUAAUGCUUUGGUGUGUGAAGUGUGGAAUGCUGGUCAUUGGGUUUUUCGUCGAUGCCGAGAUAGGCAAAUGAGCGAUAUGAUUCUAGCAGUCGAAAGCCACACGCUUGUUGAUGAUCGUACUGGUCCUGAUAUUGCUCUAUGGAAGAGAGGACCAAACGAGUUUCGUAAGAUUUUCUCUACUGCUGAUACAUGGCAGCAGAUACGUACGCACAGUCCUACUACGGCAUGGAGCAAAGUGAUAUGGUUUUCCUUAGGAGUACCUCGUUUUGGAUUCAUUACUUGGCUUGCUAUAAGGAAUAAAUUGUCUACGGGGGAUCGCAUGCGUGCUUGGGGCCUCACUCAAGGAUGUCUGUUCUGCGGUGAACCAAACGAGUCGCGGGAUCACCUUUUCUUCGCCUGCCCCUACACUUACACGCUUUGGCUAGAGGUAGUAGGAACACUAAUGGGUCGGCCCCCUGAUCCAGACUGA